GUUGUCCAUUGUAAUGGCGAAUCGCGUCGCUUCGUAAUAGUUUGUGGUUCUUCUUAUUUGUGUAAAUCAUAACCUAUUUACGUAUUUAAUUCGCUUGUUUGGCAUGUUUCAUGGAUUAUUUAUUAUGCAUAUCGUCUAAUAAGAUCUUUAUAUGUUCGAAGAGUUGAGUUAUAUGCUAUUAAAUAAAGUUGACUGUGUAUAACAUGGAGAUGAUUAAAGAACCCGUUAACGUCGAUAUGAUACUGGAACAAGAAUCCAGAACGAAUGAUUCUUUGGAAUCCAAUCCAAAAUUGAAUCAUCCGAAUAAUUCAAAUAUCCCCGAGUUUCUUGAAAGCCGUUAUGAAAAUCGUGCUGGAACAUUUACGACAGGUAUCGAUAUAUUUAGUAAAGAAGAAAAAUUAAAAAUGGAAGAGAGAGCUAAGCGUUUUGGAUUGUCCAAAAGUUUUUUAUCUAAUUACGAACAAGAUUUAUAUACCAGCAUGGGCAUAGGCGAAGAUAACGAGAAUACAAGAAAUAUUAGAUUGAACGUAAUACACAUGAGAGGAACCAAAGAAAUGAGCACAAAAGACGUUUUUAAAUAUUUUGAAGAUUAUGCUCCUGCAUAUAUCGAAUGGAUAAACGAUGUCUCAUGUAAUGUGGUAUGGCUUGACAAUGCGUCAGCAGCUCGUGCCAUGUUAGGAUUAUCAAAGCGUAUUGUAGGUGUUAAUGAUAAAUCGCAAAGCAAUAAAGGUAAUGUAAAUACAUUAGAUGGUGUCCCUAAUGAAGAUUGCAUCAUAGAAGUUGAACAUGAUAAUUUGUCCGACAAAGAGGCAGAAGAAAAGAAAGAUACAAAUGAAAUAAAUAUAAAAGAUAUCGAUUAUCCUUUACCUCCUGGUAUAUGGAGAAAAGGUGUUAAUUAUACCAAGUCUAGGGGCAUCUUUUUACGAUUUGCUACUAGAUUUGAUAAGAAACAAUCAAACGCAGAGAAGAUGAGUGACUAUUACAAGAAAUAUGGGAAUCCUAACUUUGGAGGAAUAAAGGGAAUAUUGACGGAAUCACGUAAACGUCUGUACAAACAAAUUAAACAGAACAGAAGAAAAGUCUCGGAAGAAAGAGAAGAGGAUAGUACAUCUAGUAAACGUAUGAAAAAUCCAUGGGGUGCUUUGUCCGAGUCAUGGGGAAUUAAUGAUUCUGUAGAAAAUAAUUUUAAUUUAAAAAAUGAUAACAAGGAUCAGGGACGAAAUAUAAAGGAAAGACUUGGCAUUAAAUUUCCUUCGAAAAGUAUGAUUCGUAUCGAAGAAAACAAUAGCAGUGCUAACGAUAGCGAUAGCGAAGAAGAUUGGUGCAAAAGAAGUAAAGUGUUGCGUAUGCGAAUGCACGCUGAUGACGAAGAGAAGAAGAUUCAUAAAAGACGUGCUAAACUCAAAACUCAGAUGUUAUUAAAUAGUAUGUCAAGUGGAAAUGAUUUACGGUUGAGACUUGGUAGUAGACCAGUCAAGCCAACGCAAUUUCGUGAUGCAAUACAAGUUGUUGUUACAAAUAGAAAUGCUACAAGAUUGAAUUCUACAAAACCUAGUGAUUCUGAGGAAGAGGAUGGUGAAAUUGUAGAGGAUACUCAAGUAGAAGAAAUAGAAGAGGGUGAAUGGCAAGAAACGGAAGAAGAAAAUACGGAGGCCGAAGAAAGGGAAGAAAAUGAGAUCGAUAGCGAAGAUAGCGAUGUAGAGGCGAAAGAAGUGCAAGGACCUAAAGGCAGCGUUAUCAAAGUGGUUCAACAUAAGCCACGUGUUGCGUCUACUGUUUGGACGAGAUUAAAUAAUGUAAAAAGUGUAAUUAACAGCAGUAGUUUAAAGGAAAGACAAUCAAGAGGUCGAGAUUUAAGAGAUACAUUAAAAAGUGGCGAUCUACGUUCGCGUAUUGGAAAUCAUACGAGAGGACGUUCGCAAUUAAGGAUAGAAGUGAAAAAUGACAAAUAUACAGAGGAUGGAAACGAUAUUAAGUGAUCACCAAUUGCAUUUGCGGAUCUGUGAUUUUUUAAAACUGUCUUUAUGAAAUUGAAGAUUUUUAAACUAUACUAUAUCGAACUAAAGGGGAUUGUGUAUUGUGAUAAGAAAAUAAAAUUGAAAAAAAAAAAAAGAAAAAAAAAAAGAUUCGUAUCAAUAUGUAUGCUCGAAAAUUAUAUAUAUGAUUCUUGUAUACAAUACAGUGAUCACUUGAAUGUUAACGAACUAUUUGGGGUAUAUUUGUGUGUGUAUGUAUAUAUCUGCAUACAUAUAUAUAUAUAUAUAUAUAUAUAUAUAUAUAUAUACACAUAUACAUAUAUAUAUUUAUAGUUAUUAUUAGUAAAUAAUGUUCGUACAUAAAAUUCUAUUUGUACUAAAACUUUUAUUCCCAUUUAUGUGUAUAUUAAUUAAUUAGGUACGAGUAACAGCAGUAGAUGGUUAAUGCCAUUGCCAUAAAUCUUUCUUGAACAUUUCUAAAGAGUGACCAUUUCUUCCAAGAUCCUACAAUAAAAAAACACAUUGGUCAAUUAUUAAUUUGUAUCUAUUCUUUCAUACUUACUAACGAACGUUAAUGUUAUUUUAUUUUUUGUACGCUUCAUUAUCCAAGUUACUACGAGGAUGUAAAAAAAACAAAAAGCUUUAUUUGUUUUUUAACUGUAUUAUUCAUGCAUUAAUAGCUCCUCAAUUUGAUAGGGCCCAUAUUAUUUUUUACUCAUUGUUCGUUCACAGUUCUUUGAAAGUGCAGUAGUAUUUAGAUGAGAUAAGCUUCACAGAGUGAAGACAAAUAUAUUAUUGUUAAUAAUUAAAUAAAAAGUUCUUCUGUAUAUAUAUAUAUAUAUGCAAUAUGCGUA